CUCUGUUCUCCAGUCACGCCAGACGGCCAGAACCCACAAUUUUCAUCACACCAAACCAUCCACUCCUCACCUUUCCCCCCAAACAAGUCCAAUCUUUACAACGACAUUGUCGCCAACUACAACCCCUUUCCCUUCUGGGUGCCUCACCAGAUUACCCACUCAAAUCCAGCUACCAAGCACAAAAGCUGCGGCAUUUGCCAUACUGUUUCAUCCGCGGAACCCAAUCUUGCCGCCCGAUCCUUCGCAAAAUCCACCGUACGUGCUUGCUGCCCCUGUUCCAGUCCAGACUCUAGACAAUGCUGUCUGCGCCGUGGAAUCCGAGCGUUGCCAGCUAAUUCCGCUCGGGAACACGCACGAGGAGAUCCGCCAGUUCGCAAGAAGCGAUAUCCAUCCACGGCGUUGCCCUGGCUGCUCGCGCUCCGCCAGCUCCCAUGUCGGACACGGAGCUGUCCCAGAGCACGGUGGUGUUUGGGCUCCGCAUGUGGGUGCUCGUCGGCAUCGGCGUCGGUGCCGCCUUCGUGCUACUGCUCGUCCUCAUCUCCGUCCUCUGCCUCCUCGCCUUCCGCCGUCGCCGUCGCCGGCGGCAGCGGCCGGCCAACCCCGCGCAGCAGCUCCCCACCACCGCCCCGCCCAAGAAUCCCACGAAUGCCAAGGCGCCCAAGGACAUCCAAGAAGUCCCCUCCCACGCCGCCGCCGCCGCCCCAGCGAAGACGCCGCUUGCGCUCGCGCAGGUGCUCCAGCUCCCCACGCCACCGGUCUCCGAGCAGCUCGUGACCGGCAAGGAGCACCACGUCACGCACCCGGAGCAGCAGCAGCACCCCAGCCACCGGAGCGACGGGCCUUCGCCGCACGGCAACGGCGAGAGCCGCGGUGGCGCCGCGGAGCGCGCGCCCCCGGCGGUGCCCGAGGUGUCCCAUCUGGGGUGGGGCCACUGGUACACGCUCAAGGAGCUGGAGACCGCGACCGGGAUGUUCGCCGACGGGAACGUGAUCGGCGAGGGCGGGUACGGGAUCGUGUACCGUGGCGUGCUCGAAAACGGCACGCAGGUCGCCGUCAAGAACUUGCUAAACAACAGGGGGCAGGCAGAGAAGGAAUUCAAGGUUGAGGUCGAAGCGAUCGGGCGUGUGCGACACAAGAACCUUGUGCGCCUUCUAGGAUACUGUGCUGAGGGUAAUCAGAGGAUGCUUGUAUAUGAGUAUGUUGAUAAUGGGAACUUAGAACAAUGGCUGCACGGGGAUGUUGGGCCCAGAAGCCCUCUCGCCUGGGAUGACAGGAUGAAGAUCAUACUGGGAACAGCAAAAGGGUUAAUGUAUUUGCACGAGGGGCUUGAACCAAAGGUGGUUCACCGUGAUGUCAAGUCAAGCAACAUCCUUCUGGACAAGCAAUGGAAUGCUAAGCUCUCGGAUUUCGGACUUGCGAAGCUUCUUGGUUCAGAAAGGAGUUAUGUCACCACAAGAGUUAUGGGAACUUUCGGGUAUGUUGCUCCAGAGUACGCAGGGACUGGGAUGUUGAAUGAAACAAGCGACAUAUAUAGUUUUGGGAUUCUUAUAAUGGAGAUAAUAUCCGGUAGGGUACCAGUGGAUUAUAAUAGGCCACCAGGAGAGGUUAAUUUAGUUGAUUGGCUUAAGACGAUGGUAAGCACCCGAAACUCGGAUGGGGUUGUGGAUCCAAAGAUACCCAAGAAACCUUCCUCAAGAGCACUGAAGAAGGCUUUGCUAGUGGCGCUGAGAUGCGUAGACCCUGAUGCUCUUAAGAGACCAAAGAUUAGUCAUGUCAUUCACAUGCUUGAAGUCGAUGAUUUCCCAUACAGAGAUGAUCGCCGAGGCACUAGAGCACCAGGACAAGCAAGGUUACCAGAAACACCGGCAGGCGGAUCAGGUCGACCUGAGACUGACAGCAGUGGAAACGGCGGUUCCACACAAGCUGAACCCUUCAGAUGGAGAAACCCAGAGGCUUAGUGUUCAUCGGACUACUGAAAGGAAAGCCAAGCCCUCUUGAUUUGUGAAGCAACAAGCCAACAAUGGUGUCCACUGAAGUCGUGAAACUCUCAUCUUGCUGAUGAUAGGCAAAGGCAUCCAUGGAUACUGUUAGAUCAUCUGUAAAUGUAAAAAAAAAGUAAUUUAGCCCUAGUAAUUCUUUCCUGCUUAUAUUUAUAUAGGUGGAGGUAUCUAUCUAUGACAAACCCGUUCCAUUAAAGGCAAAAAUAACUUUAUUUAAAUCUCUGGGGUGCCUCUGGUUAACAAAUGGUCUGCAUCUGCUCAGCAUAGCUGAACUUGUCAUUUAUGUAAAUUUUUUAACACCGACUCGGCAACUUCGGUGUGAAUAUGUUUUGUUUU